AUGAAGCCUGUAGGUGAUCGUUUGCGCCCUCAUAUCGCAGCAACCAUUCACUCCUCGGUACUGGCAGGAGACGUUAAACACUUCCAUCACCACUUUUUUCUAUCUUUUUUCAUUCUUUCUUUCUUUCUUUCUUUCUUUCUUUCUAUCAUUUUUCAUUCUCUCUUUCUUACUUUCUAUCUUUUUUCAUUCUCUCUUUCUUUCUUUCUAUCUUUUUUCAGUCUUUCUUUCUUUCUACCUUUUUUCAGUCUUUCUUUCUUUCUACCUUUUUUCAGUCUUUCUUUCUUUCUACCUUUUUUCAGUCUUUCUUUCUUUCUACCUUUAUUCAGUCUUUUCUUUUCUUUUCUUUUCUUACCUUUUUUCUUUUCUUUCUUUCUUUCUUUCUACCUUUUUUCAGUCUUUCUUUCUUUCUUUCUACCUUUUUUCAGUCUUUCUUUCUUUCUUUCUUUCUACCUUUUUUCAGUCUUUCUUUCUUUCUUUCUACCUUUUUUCAGUCUUUCUUUCUUUCUUUCUACUUUUUUUCAGUCUUUCUUUCUUUCUACCUUUUUCAGUCUUUCUUUCUUUCUACCUUUUUUCAGUCUUUCUUUCUUUCUACCCUUUUUCAGUCUUUCUUUCUUUCUACCCUUUUUCAUUCUUUCUUUCUUUCUACAUUUUUUCAUUCUUUCUUUCUUUCUACCUUUUUUCAUUCUUUCUUUCUUUCUACCUUUUUCAUUCUUUCUUUCUUUCUACCCUUUUUCAUUCUUUCUUUCUUUCUUUCUACUCUUUUUCAUUCUUUCUUUCUUUCUACCCUUUUUCAUUCUUUCUUUCUUUCUACCCUUUUUCAUUCUUUCUUUCUACCCUUUUUCAUUCUUUCUUUCUACCCUUUUUCAUUCUUUCUUUCUUUCUUUCUUUCUUUCUUUCUUUCUUUCUUUCUUUCUACCCUUUUUCAUUCUUUCUUAA